AUGUUGACCAAAGUUGCCGUGGUGACAGGAAGCAACAAGGGAGUGGGACUAGCCGUCGUCCGAGCGCUCUGCAAACAGUGGCAGGGGGACGUCUACCUCACCGCUAGAGAUGUUGGUCGAGGUCAGGCGGCCGUAGAGUCUCUGGCCUUGGAGGGGCUGAAGCCCCUGUUUCACCAGCUGAACAUCAACGACCUGAACAGCAUUAAAACAGCUGCUGCUUUCUUCAAGGAGAAGUACGGAGGAGUGGACAUCCUAAUUAAUAACGCCGCGAUAGCGUUCAAAGCUGCAGACACGACUCCAGUGGCUGUCCAGGCAGAAGUGACCCUACGGACUAACUUCUUUGCUUCCAGAGAUGUCUUGACUCAUUUCCUGCCGCUCAUCAAACCAGGAGGUACAAACACACCGCUUCAUCUGAAGAAGUGAGAUACCAGCUCCUCCCUCACAGGAACUCAUUAAAGGUUCAGCUCAUGUUCAAGUGAGCCAAAUUAUCUUUAGCUCUUUUUGUCGGAAAAG